GCUCCUAGCUCGGCCUGGAGCAACACAACCGGACCGCCCAGCCCCGCUGCUGCACCAUGGCGUCGACGCCGCCACUCUGCCACCCUGCUGGGAAAGGAUUGUUUUGUUUUUGUCUCGCCAUCAUCGUGUGCGGGGGUUGUGCCUGGCAGCAGCAGUACCCCGCGCAGGAGCAGCAGGGGUACUGGACUUCCCCGUCGUACCCGCGAUCGCCGCCGUCCUGGCCUCCCUACCAGAAUGGCGGCGCCUGGGGACCCGCGGGUUAUGGCAGCCCGUCGUCGCCCGGAUGGAACCAGCAACCAGUGCCGCCAACCUACCACCAAGUGACACCCCACCAACCGCCAGUUCCGCCCCCAUACCAGCCGGCGCCGCCAACUCAUCAGUACCCAGUUUUGCCACCCCCUCAGCAAGUGAGCGAUAACUACAAUGGGGUGUUUCCAAACUACCAUCAAAUGCAACAGCCGCCCGUGAUUCCAUAUCAGCAGCCAGCAAUGCCAACCCACCCACAAAUGGAUAUCCCUGGUCACCAGGACGCGAUCCCUGACCAACAGCAAGUGAUUUCUACACCUGGAUGGGACCCAAGCGCCGCCGAAGAAUACGAGUGGAGCAACGCCCCCGCGCCCACUACACCGGGAUGGGAGCAGCCCCUGCCCGCGCCCCACGACCGUGCGCACCAAGGUUACCAGGGCCACCAGGGCCACCAGCGACAUCACCAAGGCCAGCACAACCAUCAAGGCCAGUACAACCACCAAGGCCAGCACACUGACCCAGGCCAGUACCAGUACAACCACCAAGGCCAGCACGACCCCCAAGGCCAGCAGGCGACCCCUCACCACGGUUGGGACCAUCCGAUGCUCUGGGACCCGUCCUGGGAGCAGCACGACAACGAGCACGAUGAGGAGCCUCCCAUGCGACCCACUCGCAGCAACGCGCCGCCGUCCUGGGUGCAGAACCCCAACCUCGCACGGCCCAUAGGCAUCGUGAUCCUUGACGACCGCACCCGAGUCCCGGUGCGCGACUACCGCCUCAUCCUGGAGCACUACCUGCAGGGCGCCUGGAGGAACGUGCUCUCACCGUCGGGUGCGCGCAUUGCCAGCUCCGACUUCGGCGAGUUCGAGCGGUCCGCCCGGAAGUCCCCCGUGCAGGUGCGUGUGUCGGCCCACGCGACCGUCCCCGCCACGACGUACUGCCAGGUGGUGCGCAGCGCCCAGAACCCCGGCCGCACCAGGGCGAUCCUGGAGCUUCCCGACGGCACGACCCGCGCCCUUCACGAGCUCGCCGGGCGCGCCGAAAUGACCGCAUGGCUGCGCGCGCUGUUCCCCAAGGGCCUGGUGCCCAGCCGGCACCACGGCACACCGCACGUGUGGUCGCCAGCCGUCACGUCCAGGUCGCCGACGACGACCCCGCCGCCCCGGGCUCGCGAGACCAAUGUCACCUCCCCGACUGGAAGUCCGGAAGAAUCUCGGUCACCAGAUCGGGAUCAAAGGCCGCCGUUGGCCGACUCCUCCACGCCACGGCCGCCGCCCCCGAACCCCGCGUGGAAGCCCGCCCCUAGCGCCGGGUCCUACCCCGCCCUCGCCGGUGCCCCUCAGCACCACGCUGCGUCCAGGUCACCGCGUGGGCCAACCGUAUGGUCACCGCACAUGACCGCAUCCAGUCAAGCCCACACUGCGGCGGACAACAUUCGCAACCGCCAAUCGAACUGAGGCCAGGAAAAUCGAAGGACAGUGGACAAUAAAUUAGUUUUAAUGAUAUUUUUUACAGACAGGUACAUAGUUAAACAAAAAUAACUCUGAAGUAUGUACAUUAAAAAUGUAAAUAAAUUCUUAACAGAGUUCUA